GGAACAGAUGAUCAUAGGAGGAUAUGCUAGUAAUUUCAUUUGCAUUUUUUCUUUCUUCUUUUGUUAAAUAUUCUUUCCCAUCUCUUACAGUUUCUUUUCUGGACGAGUUUUCUACAAAAUUUCUUGCGCGUUUUACUGAUUUGGUGUAUAUAUUUAUCUAUAUAUUUUCCUUCAUUGGAACCAAACACAUGCUUAUAUACCUGACUCUACCAACUCUUAAUGAAUCCUUAUUGAUUUUCUUGGAAAUCUUUAUCUUCUCCUCACCAGGUAUGAAGAAGCAGAUAAGUUUCUCCUUCAAACCGACUAGAUUAUUGGUGUCUCAUUUCACAAUCUGGUCAUCUACCAUAUCGGUUAUCUUAUUUAUCAUUUGGUUCAUAAAAGCCUCUCCUUCAGUUCGCCAAAAGACCAAUUUUAAGUUAAACAAUACCUCCCUCAAACCCACAGUAACUGUUCAGACCUUGACUGGUUUCAGUAGAAAUUCUUCAGCAACUGGUGCGAAAAGCUCGAUUUUGAUCGACACCCACUUCAGCAAGCCUGAAAAUGCUUCUGGGUUCGGCGGGAUUUCAGUCACCAGUGGGAUUCAGAGAGACAACAAUGAAUCCAAAGUGCUACAAGAGGAAGAAACUAAAGGUGGCGGCUUUAAAGGUAAUUUUCAUACAUUAGCAGAAAAUGUAACUGGGAACUUAUCUGAGAAGAAUGGAGUUUCAAAUAGUCUAAAAAUUCAAGAGAAAAAUGAUAGAGCAACUGCGUUUAACAAGAUUGAUCUUCAAAGAAGCAAGAUGAUUGAAGAGAAGAAGAGUAAACCAACUCCGUUUGAAAAAAUUAUACUCUCAAGUAGCGAUAGAAUUGAAAGGAAGGGUAUAAGAGGUUGCGAUGUCACAAAAGGGAGGUGGGUUUAUGACGAGAGCUAUCCAUUGUAUACGAAUCGUUCCUGUCCAUUUAUAGAUGAAGGUUUUAAUUGUGAGGGUAAUGGAAGAUCAGACAAAAGCUACAUGAAGUGGAGAUGGCAGCCGCAAGAUUGUGAGAUUCCAAGGUUCAAUGCAACAAAAAUGCUGGAAUUGAUAAGAGGGAAAAGAGUAGUUUUUGUGGGAGAUUCGAUUAAUAGGAACCAAUGGGAAUCCAUGCUGUGUAUGUUAUUUGGAGCUAUAAAAGAUCCAAGGAGGGUCUAUGAGACGCACGGGCGAAGAAUCACCAAAAAGAAGGGCGAUUAUAGUUUCAAAUUUGUGGACUAUAAAUGCACAGUUGAAUUUUAUGUGACGCAUUUCCUAGUUCGAGAGCGCAUGGCAAGGUUGGGGCGGAAACGGAUACAGACAUUGAGAAUCGAUGGUACUGAUCGCAGCUCUUCCAGAUGGAAAGAAGCUGAUAUUUUGGUUUUCAACACUGGCCAUUGGUGGUCCCAUGACAAAACCAAAGCCGGAGUUAAUUUCUAUCAGGAAGAGGGUCAACUUCUUCCCCGGCUCAAUGUUUCAACAGCUUUCAGAAAAGCUAUGACGACAUGGGCGUUGUGGGUUGACAGACACAUCAAUCCAAGCAAAACCCAAGUUUUCUUUCGAAGUUCUGCCCCUUCGCAUUUCAGUGGAGGCAAAUGGAAUUCAGGCGGGCAUUGUAGAGAAGCAACUCGACCACUUGAGAGAACGUCAAUCACUGCCAUUCCUGAGACAAACAUAAUAUUGGAGGAGGUCAUAAAACAGAUGAAAACUCCUGUUACUAUCUUAAAUAUAACUAGUUUGUCUGGAUAUAGAAUUGAUGGUCAUCCUUCUAUGUAUGGAAAAACACCUGGGAAAUAUUUUUCUUCAAGUAUUCAGGAUUGCAGUCAUUGGUGUCUUCCUGGCGUUCCUGAUUCCUGGAAUGAGAUGUUGUAUGCUUAUUUGCGGUCUAAACAUGGUUAAAAUCGGUUUGUUCUUGUGGAUUCUUAAAUUCUUCAAUUUAUUUAUUUUAUCUUUUGAGCUCGCA